AUGUCAAAUAUGAAAGUUUUAGGUAAUAUCAGAAAGUUUUCAAUGAAGUUAGUUACAAGUAUACAGGUUGUGUCACCAAAGUGUGGCAAAGCAAAGUUAUACUUUUUUAAAUGGAAUACCCAGUAUAUCCCAUUGGAUCAGCUUUUCAAACCUGCCUUGUAUUUUUGUUUUGGAAUCUGUGAGUUUGUACAGAAUAGCAGUUAUAAUCUGCGUCAAGUCAAAUUACCCUCACCAAUACCAAAGUACGCCUUAACAAAACAGUCCAUUAUCUAUGAGAGUAUUAAAUUGUUCAACCAUCUGCCUGAGGAAAUUAAGAAUAGUGAUCUAGUAAAAAAUAUACCAGACGCAAGUAUUCAAGAGGACAACGAAAACAAUGCCCUUGCAGAUUCCAACGUCAAUUUCGGAAUAAUACCCGACGAUCUUGCAGCGUUACCAUUAGAAGCUCAACUACCACCGCCAAAAGAGAGACGAAAAAAUACCCCGCAAGCGGAACAGAGCAGUAGUAGCGGUUCCAGAACGCCCGGUGUAAUUCAGUUCGUACCCAAACAAGAAAAUCCAAAGUUCAAUUUCACAGUUAAUAGUCUGAUCGGCCAUAAAGAGGAAACAAAGGAGGAAAUUCCGUUUGUGCCUUCUCUGGUGCCACUUUCUACUAAUAGUUCCAGUGCCUGCACUUUGACUGGAGAUAAUCUUUGUAUCGACGAAGACUAUGAUAAUUAGUUGUAUAUUAUUAUUUUGUUAAUUUUAAGGGCGUACCAAUUUUUAAGUUAUUAUUACUUUUUUUUUCUACUUUAUUUAUCAAUUGUUAUUUAAUGAUAACUUACACCUGGAAAUCUUACAUUUAUUGAUGUAAUGCUUUUAAAUUUUUUAUUUCAAUAAACAAAAAAUUGUAAUAUUUAAAGAAGAAUCUGAUUAAAACAUUUUACGUAA